AUGACUUCACCUAUUUCAUAUGCUAACGUAGCUGCUAAUGCAUCUUCAGCUAAUACAGCACCUGCUACUGCUGCCACUGCCACUGCCACUGCCACUGCCACCACUUCUUCGGAUUCAGUCAAACCAAAAUCAGAAGAACAACAACCAGAACAACAAACCCCAACUUCAUCUACCACCACCGAAUCUCUUGGUAAAGAAUCUGAAGAUCAAAGUUCCAAAUCCACAGACUCCACGGCUACUUCCACACCGGCAUCAAAAACCAAGAAAACUUUGGCCCCAGCUCCUGUACCUACAAAAUCUGCUUGGGGUGAAGUUACUUCAGGAGUUUCCCAAUUAAGUGUUGAUGAUAAAAAAUGGGCAUCUCCAGAAAAGACUCCAUUGUUGGGUGAACAACCAGCUGUUAAACCACAGCAACAAAAAUUCAUGAAACCAAUCACUAAUAAAUGGGUUCCAGUUCAAGCCAAAGUGAUAUUGCCAAGUUUAAGAUCCAGUAGUAACGGUAACUCCAGUAAUUCUAAGCUGAAUAGAAAUAGAAAGAAGAGUGGGCACAACCAAAACAAAUCAUCUCCAAAAAAGAGAGAAGAAAAAGUUGAAGGUAAGGAAGCUAAAUCAGCACCAGCUGGUGAAGAAGUUUCUAGUGGAGAAAAGACUGAUGCUGUUGAAAAGAAACAAACCCAACCAAAAGAAACUACUGAAGAACAAACUUCCGAUGUGUCAUCAUCAUCUGCUUCUACUCAACAACAAGAACAUCAAGAGCAACCAAGUCAGCAACAACCAAAUCAACAACAACAUCAACAUCAACCACGAUUUAACAAUGGUCAACAAAAGAAACGUUUCAACAAUCAACAUCAACAAAAUGGCAAUGUCAACGGUCAAUACCAAAAGAGAUACAACAACCAUAAUAGCAACAAUGCCAAUGCUAACCCACAACAACCAAUGCAACCACAACCAUUCACUCCUCAAGGUUACUUCAACCCACAGCAACAACAACAAUACCCAAACACUUACCAAUACAACAAUGGAAACCGUCCAUAUAGAAACGGUCAAUACAGAAACAACCGAAAUAACAAUAACCAAGCAUACCGUAAUGGAGGUUAUCGUCAUAACAACAACCAUCACAAUAAUCAUGCAGCUAAUGGUGCUGGAAUUAUUCCAGGUCCAAUUCAAUUUAUUCCUUAUCCUCAACAAAUGCCAAUUCCAAUUCCACCACCAAUUUCACCAAAACAAGAUCCUCAAGAAGCAUUAAUUCAACAAAUUGAUUAUUACUUUUCUUUAGAAAAUUUAAUUAAAGAUUUGUAUUUGAGAAAGAAUAUGGAUGCUGAAGGCUGGGUUGAUUUGAAAUUAAUCAUGGAUUUCAAGAGAGUUAAGAUUAUUGUUAAUGGAUUAAUUAAUUCUUUAGAUGAAGGAGUUGUUGGAGAUGAUGUUAUUUUGGAAAGUAUUAAAUCUUGUAAAAAUUUGGAAAUUAGUGGUGAAAAAUUAGAAGAUGUUAAAUUAAGAGUUAAAGAUAAUUAUCAACAAUGGUUAUUGAAUUAA